CUUAAAAGAAAACAAUAACUUUGAUUAGGAAGGGAGAGAAGCUUAACGAAACAAUGCAAUGGCCAGUUCUUAGGAAUCUUGGUUUCCUACCCAUCGCUUUGCUUCCACGUAAGCCAGCCGAUCUGUCUUACUUUUCCCACUGUUAACUGGGAAUUCUGCUUCAGGGAUGGAAAUCAGAUUGAACCAGACAAGGCAGAAACACGUAGAGAUAAUCUCUUCAGGCUCACAAUGGAUGCUCUACGAUUGGCAAAUUCAGCUUUUGCUGUUGACCUUUUCAAACAGUUAUGUGACAAGGAAGUGGCAGGCAACGUCCUUUUCUCUCCAAUAUGUCUUUCUACUUCCCUGUCCCUGGCUCAAGUAGGCACCAAAGGUGAUACAGCAAAUGAAAUCGGAAAGGUCCUUCACUUUGAAAAUGUCAAAGAUGUACCUUUUGGGUUUCAAACAGUGACCUCUGACGUAAACAAACUCAGUUCUUUCUACUCCCUGAAGCUAAUCAAGCGACUCUAUGUAGAUAAAUCUCUGAACCCAUGUGCGGAAUUUGUCAGUGCCACUAAAAGGCCCUAUGCAAAUGAAAUGGAAACUGUUGACUUUAAGGAUAAACUGGAAGAAACUAAAGGCCAGAUCAACAAAUCUAUUAAGGACCUUACAGAUGGCCAUUUUGAGAACAUCUUGAGUGAUGACAGUGUAAAUGAUCAAACCAAGAUCCUUGUGGUGAAUGCAGCCUAUUUCAUAGGAAAAUGGAUGAAGAAAUUUCCUGAAUCUGAAACAAAAGAAUGUCCAUUUAGAAUCAACAAGACAGACACUAAACCAGUGCAAAUGAUGAAUAUAGAAGCUACAUUUUGCAUGGGCAACAUCAAAGAUAUAAACUGCAAGGUCAUAGAACUUCCCUUUCAAAAUAAGCACCUAAGCAUGCUCAUUUUACUACCAAAAGAUGUGGAGGAUGAUUCAACUGGAUUGGAAAAGGUUGAGAAAGAACUCAGCCCUGAGACUCUUCAGGAGUGGACCAACCCCAGUACAAUGGCCAGUGCCAAAGUGAAACUUUCAAUUCCUAAAUUUAAGGUGGAAAAAAUUAUUGACCCUAAAACAGAUCUGGAGAGCCUUGGAAUGAAAAAUGUCUUUGAUGAAAGUACAAGUGAUUUCUCAGGGCUAUCAGAGACUAAGGGAGUGGCUUUGUCCAAUGUCAUCCACAAAGCCUGUUUAGAAAUAUCAGAAGAUGGUGGCGAUUCUAUAGAGGUACCAGGAUCUCGAAUCCUGCAACAUAAAGAUGAAUUCAAUGCUGACCACCCAUUUAUUUAUGUCAUCAGGCACAACAAAACACGCAAUAUCAUUUUCUUUGGAAAAUUCUGCUCUCCUUAACCCUGACUUUUACACAGGUGCAGGUUUCUAUAAACUUUGCACCCAGAGAAUUACUUUCUAACUUUGGCAUGUUAUUAAUAUUUUUGGAGCAGGGAGCAAUAAAUACUUUUCAUAUGCAGUCAUCACAUAGAAUAGCCCUCUUUGUUUAAAGCUAUUUUUUUAUUUCACUCCUUUCUCAAAAAAGAGAAUAAGGUGAAUUUUUUUAAACAAAAAAAUUAUCAUACAGAUAUAAAUAUUUAUUUGGUAAUUGUUUGUUUGGGGACUACUCUCAAACAUCUCCAGAGGAGCCAUCUACAGGGGAUGAGCUUCUGCCAUUGGUCAUUGAGAUGUAGCAAAUUCUGGUAAGGCUAGUUCUAGGUGCAGAUUUGGAUGGAGUGAAAGAUUUAGUGCAUGUGAUUCACUGAUGUUAUUACAGAGGGCAGUGCAAGGGUUGACUGGGCUGGGAAUAUGGGGGUCUGUGGCAGACUUUAGAAGCCAUGCAAAAAUGGGGUCUUGACAGAAAUUUUCAUUUGGUUUAGUUCUGCUUAGUGGCUCUAGCUAGAGAAUAAAGCAGUCUGUUGUUGCAGAGGGUGAACUCUUUCCUAGAGUGUAUCUGGUUGGUGUUGUGCCCACCAAAAGGUAGCAGUGGAUUCCAAGUGAAAACAAAAGAGUUUUGGACACCUGAUGUCAGGUCCCUCCAAUGCUUGCAAUCUGUUACAAUUUGAACUAAAAAGACCUUUUGAGCUUGGGAAGAAAAAGGCUGGGAAUUGGACUCUUGUCUGGCAUGAUGGUGGGAAAAGAAGGGGAACUUGGUAGGUUUUUGCAGAAUAAAACUCAAAUCAUAAAGGGCUCUUGACCCUUUACCAUUCUAUGAUGUUUCUAACUUGAGGGACUGAUUCAGUGAAGGGUUUGGUUGGGAUUUGGAGUUAAUGGGCAUUUGUAAAGCAAGUUUGGUAAGUUACUAGCACAACACAGAUCCAUCUGUUAAUUCUGGGCAAAAGGAAUAUGAUUCCUUGACUAAUGGGUUACUUUGUGACAGGGAUCCUCUGUCGAGUGUCCUAUAAAUAGCUUUAAUUUCCAUCUCUAUUUUCUUGCUGCAUGUUUUUGGUAUUGAGUUCACCUUAUCCUAUUCAGAAUAAAAGUAUUAUUAAAUUAAA